AUGGAGGGUCAGCCUCUGAUUGGUGACGGUCGAGGUCUAUACAAAAUUCAUAUCCUGGGGAACAGCGGUACGUCAAGACGUGAAUACACGCGUACUUACUCUGAUUUUCCCCAGAGCACUCUCGCUGCUCGCCUUUCACUGAUCCUCGGAAUUCCACAUAUUUCUCUCGACCGGCUUUUCUGGGGUCCCGAUUGGAAAGCAGCGUCGGAAGAAGAGUUUCGCGCCAAGAUCAUAGCUGCAAUGGAGCAGAGUCCCAAUGGGUGGAUUAUUGACGGGGACUACCAGCGGCGCGGAGGGGUGAUAGUCCAGGAGCAGGCAACGGACGUCAUAUGGCUCGAUCCCCCGCUCAUCCUGUACUUUCCUCGCAUCAUGGUUCGUACGUUCCUCCGUCUUGUCGGCCUUCGUCCGCCAUGCAGUCCCGGGUGCCCAGAGUCAUUUAGAGAGGUCUUCUUCGACCGGAACAGUAUUCUUCUGUGGUGUCUGACCCAACACAGGGUGAAUAGGCAAAGGGGGGAAACUCGCAUGAAAGAGAUCGGUAUUGGAGUUGGAACCCAGCUCGACAACCGAAAGAUGCGUAGGAUUGGUGGGUGGGGGAGCGAACUCGAGAGAUGGAUCAAGAGCGUCAAGGAUAUGGUUCAAGAAAAGUAG